AUGAGCUUUGAGGGCGCCAGCCGGCCGCCCCGCGGGGUGGUGGAGAACCGGGACGCCGAGCCCCCGCCGCCGCCCCCGAACCCGCAUUCCCUGGCACCGCUGCCCGCGUCCCCUGAUCGCGCCCCACGGACCCCGAGCGCCGAAGAUGCACCCUCGCCGCUGCCGCCACCCGCCGGCCAGGAAGGCUCGGCGGCGGCUGCAGAGUCCGGGGAAGCUCCGGGGCGCCCUGGCGAGGCGGCUGCAGGCGAUGUGGAGCCCCAGGCCGGCGCGGCCGAGCAGCCGGAGACGCGCUCGGUUUGCAGCAGCCGCAGCGGUAGCAGCAGCAGCAGCGGCGGCGGCGGAGGUGGAGUAGCUAGUGGCGGCGGCGGAGGCGACCAGCGAGCAGGGCACCAGCAUCACCACCAGCCCAUCUGCAAGAUUUGCUUCCAGGGCGCCGAGCAGGGGGAGCUGUUGAAUCCUUGCCGGUGUGAUGGGUCAGUUCGUUAUACACAUCAGCUGUGCCUACUAAAGUGGAUCAGCGAGAGGGGUUCUUGGACUUGUGAACUGUGCUGUUACAGAUACCAUGUCAUAGCCAUUAAAAUGAAACAACCUUGCCAGUGGCAAAGCAUAUCUAUAACCCUGGUUGAGAAAGUUCAGAUGGUGGCUGUAAUCCUAGGAUCCCUGUUCUUAAUAGCCAGUGUGACCUGGCUUCUCUGGUCAGCCUUCAGCCCCUAUGCAGUGUGGCAGAGGAAGGACAUCCUUUUCCAAAUCUGCUAUGGAAUGUAUGGUUUUAUGGAUCUAGUGUGCAUAGGUCUCAUUGUCCACGAAGGAGCUGCAGUUUACAGAGUGUUUAAGCGUUGGCGAGCUGUUAACUUACACUGGGAUGUUCAAAACUAUGACAAAGCCACAGAUAUUGAAGAGAGCAGCCGGGGAGAAUCUUCCACCAGUCGGACUUUAUGGUUGCCAUUGACAGCUCUGCGGAAUAGGAACUUGGUGCACCCAACACAAUUAAGCUCCCCAAGGUUCCAGUGUGGUUAUGUGCUGUUGCAUCUGUUCAAUCGGAUGAGGACCCAUGAAGACUUGUCGGAAGACAACAGCUCUGGGGAAGUGGUUAUGCGAGUGACUUCAGUGUAAGGAUUUACCUUGCACAUGUUGGAUUGUAAUUGCAAUGAAUGGUGACACGGUUAGCACUUCGGGAAAAAAUACAACACAUACAUAUACAUCUAUGAACUUUUUAAAAUUUAUGCUUUUUAUAUGAACACUUGAAUUGCAAAUACAUUUUUCUGAAGAAAA